AUGUAUUGGAAGCUUAACCCUCGAGUUGUUGGAGGAGUUGACCACAUCUGGAAAGUUGUUUGGAAACUCCCCGUGAGUAGAAGAAUCCAAGUGUUUCUUUGGAUAACAGUUCUUGAUAGACUCUUGACCGCAAAGAGAAGAGCCAAGUUAUUAGGGACUGAUCCGAAAUGCCUCAUUUGUGGUGCUGCUGAGGAGGACUCGUGCCAUGUCCUGAGAGACUGCACUAAAGCUAAGCAGCUUUGGUUCAGUCUAGAUAUCUUCUAUUUAGACUCUGAAUCUUUUAUCUUAUCCAGCAGGGACUGGUUCAUAAAGAACUUGGGUUCUAAAGGUUGGUUUAAGCUCAACUUUGAUGGUGCUGUAAAAGGGAAUCCUGGACCUGCUAGUUGCAGGGGAGUUUUGAGAGGUGAUGCUAGAGAUUGGGUGUGUGGUUUUGCUAAAAUCCUUGGCAUUUGUUCUGCUAUUUCUGCGGAGCUUUCGGGGAUGGUCUAUGGGCUAAAGAUUGCCCAGGACUUGGGUAUCUCCAAGCUUGUGGUAGAAGGAGAUUCUGCUACGGCCAUUUCUACGCUCCAAGCUGCUUGGGACGGCGGGCAGGUGUGGAAUUUAGAGUGA